CGUCAAAGAAUCAACGAUGGAUGAUUCAAGCGACGAUGAUGAAGUCAAGCUUGUCAUGAAGAAGUUUUGUAAACUUCUAAGGAAGAAAGAAAAGGUUGAGGAUGGCCCUGUGUGCUAUGGAUGUGGUGAAGCCGGGCACAUCAAGAACAAAUGCCCGAAAAGCGGAAGGAAUGCUCAGCACUUCAAAAGGCAAAGGGCAUAUAUCUCUUGGGGUGGCGACUCCGGCGACGAUUCAACCGAUCAAGACGAGGAUGAAACUGCCAACCUCUGUCUCAUGGCGCACGAAGACCAAACUGACGAUGUACAAGAGGUAUGCUUGAAGGCGUCAAGCGUACUUUGGUAUCUUGAUAGAGGAUGUUCCAAGCACAUGACCGGAGAUGCAUCCAAGUUCCUACAAAUCAAACCAGCUAAAGGAGGAAACGUAGUCUUUGGAGACAAUAGCAAAGGAAAAAUAAUUGGCGUCGGUUCAGUAGGAAAGAAGACAAAAGCCUUGAAGAAGAAGGCCGCCGCCGAGGCAACGAGUUCUGCGCCUCAACCUUUCCCAUACCUGGACGGGUCCUUCUUGGAGUUCGGGUCGGAAGAGGAACUCUCUCGUUUCAUCACCUAUUUCGCCAAGCGCCCCAUCUCUCCGCCAAGGGUGCUACCCGAGCCAUACCCUCAACAGAAGGGUUACUACGACCUUGACAAUCAACUCAAGGAGUCGGGUCUGUGGCCCUUCGUCUCCCGCAGUCGCACCUCCUUCAAUCCCGCCUACAUUCGGGCUUUCUACUCCAAUCUCCGCCGGGACGGGGACACUAUUCGCAGCAGCAUCAAUCUCGUGGACUUCAAGUUUGAUUUGGCUACCUUUGCCCGGGUCGCAGGGCUGCCCACCCGCGGUGACGACAUCGCAACAUAUGGCGGCGAUGAUUGGAUCCUCAACAACGAGGCAGUGGUCAUCCGAGAGCUUGGAAUCACCAACCUCGUCCGUCACAGCGGCGCACCAACCAUUCACUCAGCCCCGCCGGAGAAGCGCCUUCUACUCUACAUCCUCACCCGGAUUUUUCGCCCCCGGGACGGCAGCCACACGUGUCUCUUCAACGAGGAUCUCAAGGCCGUUCAUGCAAUCACCCAUGGCGCCUCGAUCAAUUGGGCGAAAUACGUCAUGAUCCACAUGGCGGAUUGCGCCUCCAUCACCACCGAGCGGAGCUUGCCAUACGCCUUCCUCGUCAUGGAUCUCAUCAAGUCUGGAGACCAAGACGGUGCAGGACCAAGUCGGGCUCCAGCCUCCGCUCCCGCCAAGGCCUCCUUACAGUCCAUAGCCGAUACCCUGAAUCGGCUAACCAUCACCGUGGACGGCAUGGGCCAAUACUUGGAGCGGAUGGAUAGCACGCUGCAACGCCAACACCACGACAUGAGGGCGUUCUUCCGUGGCAUCAACUACGUCCCGCCGCCCUUUGACAGCACCUUCCUCGGCCAAAACUAUGAAGGCGAGGACGAGGAGGAUAACUCCUAUGCUCCGUCCUCCUCCCCCGACGAAGCCAAUUUUGAGGAUGCGGUCGACGGGGAUCCCAUGGACGUUGAGGACGACGAAGAAGACGAUGACGCCGAGGACGAGGACGCCGCUGCCUAAACUCUUCUUUCUUUUCCUUCCUUACUAUGAUUGUUUUUUAUUAUUUCCAUUCCGUUGUAUUCCGCAUUUUCUCCUUUUUUAAUGAAUAAAAGUUUACUUU